GGCAGAGCACUUCCGGUUGCAAAGAUGUCGCCCUCCCUGUUUAAUUUUGUCGAGGCUAAAGACAAAUUUGCGGCGUCUGCUAAACAUGCUCUGACUGCCAAAAGCUGCAAGCAUCUAACUAACACUUUCAACCAGAUGAACGGCAAUGAAACAGAGAAGAAGACUACCCUUGACCAAGCUCUCCGUUGUGUCCUUGGGGACCAGAUUACUGAGCUGAAGACCAAUGUGGAUGAAUACUUGGCUCUCAUUGACCUGAGCAUUGAUGCUGUGACAGAAGGUAUCUGUUCUGCAACCACCCCCUUCCUCCUGCUGGGCGACGUGCUGGACUGUCUCCCCCUGGAUCAGUGCGACAGAAUCUUCACCUUCGUGGAGGAGAACGUCUCCACUUGGAAAUCGAACACCUUUUACACAGCCGGCAAAAAUUACUUGUUAAGAAUGUGUAAUGAUCUGUUAAGGAGGCUGUCCAAAUCACAGAACACAGUUUUCUGUGGGCGCAUCCAGCUGUUUUUAGCUCGUCUUUUCCCUCUGUCUGAAAAAUCAGGUCUUAAUCUCCAGAGCCAGUUUAAUCUAGAAAACAUCACAGUGUUCAACAAAAAUGAACAAGAAAGCACCCUCGGCCAAAAGCACACAGAGGAGAAGGAGGAGGGGAUGGAUGUAGAAGAAGGAGAGAUGGGAGAGGACGAGGGACCAGCGCCUUGCUCUAUUCCAAUCGACUACACCCUGUACAGAAAGUUCUGGACUCUGCAGGACUACUUCAGGAACCCCAUGCAGUGCUACGAUAAAUUCUCUUGGAUGACAUUUGUGAAGUAUUCAGACGACACACUGGCAGUUUUCAAGAGCUUCAAACUGGACGACAUGCAGGCAUCCAAGAAGAAACUAGAAGAGCUGAGGGCGUCCAGUGGAGAGCAUGUUUACUUUGCCAAAUUUCUUACAAGUGAAAAGCUCAUGGACCUGCAGCUCAGCGACAGUAACUUCAGACGGCACAUUCUCCUGCAGUACCUCAUCCUCUUCCAGUACCUCAAGGGACAGGUCAAAUUCAAAAGCUCCAGUUGUGUACUCAAUGACGACCAGUCGACGUGGAUUGAAGAGACGACCAAAUUGGUUUACCAGCUGCUAAAGGAGAUUCCACCAGACGGAGACAAAUUUGCAACAAUGGUGGAGCACAUGCUCAACUCGGAAGACAACUGGAACUCGUGGAAAAAUGAAGGAUGCCCGAGCUUCGUCAGGGAGAGGAGCAUCGAUGAGAAACCCAAGAGACCCACCAGGAAGAGGGCCGCUCCAGAAGACUUCCUUGGAAAAGGCCCUGACCGCAAGAUCUUCAUGGGAAAUGAUGAGUUGACGCGUCUGUGGAACCUGAACCCCGACAACAUGGAGGCGUGUAAAUCAGAGUCCAGAGAGUUUAUGCCGUCACUGGAUGAGUUCUUCACAGAGGCCAUCGAACAAGCCGACCCCGUCAACAUGGUGGAAGAGGAAUACAAAGUUGUGCGUAACCCAAACUACGGCUGGAGGGCGCUGCGGCUGCUGUCCAGGAUAAGUCCACACUUCUUCCAGCCGACGAAUCAGAAGUACAAGAGCCUGGCCGACUAUCUGGACAGUAUGGUCAGCAAACUGGCCAAGGAGCUGCCGAAAGACAUCCCUUCUGAGGAAAUAAAGACCGGAGAAGAGGAUGACGAUGACAACGGGGACAAUCUCCUCAAAGAGAGCAAUGAUAGCCCAAGUGUGCAGGGCAUCCAGAACAAACUCGUGACAAACCAGCAGAUGGACGAGAUGGCGUCUAAACUGGGGGCGCAGUGGAAGACCCUGGCCUCUCAGCUGGAGAUGAAGGCGUCGGAGCUCCGGGAGAUCGAAGCGGACAGUGAGGACGUAGAGAUGCAAGCCAAACUUCUGCUGGUGGCCUGGCAGGACCGAGAGGGGGCGCAGGCCACGGUGGAGAGCCUGGCUGCAGCUCUGAACGCAGCCGGAUUCUCGCACAUCGCAGAAGGACUCACCGAAGCUUAGUUUUAACACAGCCAUGUCUUUUUGUACCAAAAUACCCUUGUGAUAUAUGUUUUGUAUGUAGUUUAAGUUUAAAUACAGUUUCCUAUUAGGGAUGUACAAUAAAUGUUUUUUUUUUCU